UGGAAUUGAGAAAAGGAGAUAUAUAUAGGCUGCGACCGGGAACUGUUUUCUACAUUCAAAGCAGCUUAGAGAUUGAGAGGCAGAAACUUAGAAUUUAUGCCUUCUUUGCCAAUGCAGAAAAUGACUUGCAUGAACCAGCAAUUGGACCAUACUCAAGUAUACGCAGAUUGAUUCUAGGCUUUGAUAAAGCCGCUCUAGCAGCAGCCUUUGGGGUUCCUUUGGAAGACAUAGAAGAGAUUACUGGCGCUGCGGAUCCUGGAGCUAUAGUGCAUGGAUUGGCAAAGGCCAAGAAAACAGUGGACAUGGAAUUUGAUUUCAUCAAAGCACUUCUAAGUGGCAGUGGCUACAUCAGCUUAUAUCAUGCCCAAAACAAG